AUAUCUUUUUGUCGAUCCCGAACAAGGUGUUAGAGAGAUUCAUUCAGAAUUUCAACAUCCCUAAAGCAAAGACGAAACUCUCUGCCGAUAAUGCUGGAGGAAGACUUUUCCCGUCGAGAAGUACUAAAAACGAUGCAGCAUCCAAUUCUCGAGUCGACCAAGGAUUUCCGUCCACGAAUGACCCUAACAGCUUCUCGGUCAACGUGCAAGCAAACGCGAACGCCUGGAAUUCUUCUGUCAGAAGGUUCGCGAAAAAAAACCCCCGACAAGAAACUGUUCGCGUUCCCCAUGAAUAAGGACGACACUGACGAAGAUGUGAAAAAGAAAAUGAUUGACCGGGAGGUUAUCUGUGACUGAAAAGUUCGUUGCAUCGCCCGGCUGGCUGUGGGUUCAGAAUUACGCUUUACAAUGUUGUGUGAUUAAGUGGCGCUGUCGUCGUCGUCUUCGGGGUGCUGCCCUGAGAGGUGCAGUGCCGAUAUAACCGUUUUGGUGUAUCCUCUUUUCACUCGCCACCAUAUUUUCUGGAACUCCCUUUGUCAGUUCUCAAUGGCAAGCAGCCAUAGGGUCGCUAUACGUCAACUGUUGAGCCCCAUGAAGGCCCAAAGCAAGUUUAUUGGCUUGCAAUAAGCAACCUGACAG